AGAACUCUCUGCAAAGGUGGGAAGCUCGCCCAGCUUCUACACGAAUUUGACAACUACAAUCUUUACAUAUUGGGCGUCUCCGAAAUGCGUUGGACUGGAUCAGGAAAGAUUGUAAGUGAUGGCAAGUCAGUCCUGUAUUCAGGACAUGAGGAGCACCAUAUUCAUGGUGUCGGAUUGGUGCUUAGUAAAAAGGCAUCAUGUGCAUUGCUUGGAUGGAAACCUGUCAACGAUCGCAUCAUCACGACGCGAUUUCAAUCAAGACAUGCUAAAACUUCCAUCAUCCAAGUAUACACUCCACCCGAAGACUAUGAUGACAAUCAAAAGGAUAUGUUCUACGGACUGCUACAAGACACCAUUGAUGAAAUCCAUGACGUUAAACUUCUCAUCGGUGAUUUCAAUGCGCAAAUUACCGACGACUGUCUUGGCUUAGAAAACGUCAUUGGUCCACACAGUUCGGGGCGACAGACCAACGAUAAUGGUGAACGACUUCUAUCCUUUAGCAAUAUGAACAAUUUCUGCAUUGGUAACACAUACUUCCGACACAAAAACAUCCAUAAGAAAACCUGGCAAUCGCCGGAUGGAGCCACAUACAAUGAUUUUGACUUUACCUGUAUCUCUCGGCGAUGGCGUUCAGCACUGUUGGACGUCCGAGCCUAUCGCGGAGCGGACGUUGGAUCGGACCAUUAUCUCAUACGAUCCUGAAUUCGGUUACGGCUCAAACGGAGAGAACAAAAGCAACGACAAUGUCCUUACGCUGUGGAGAAGCUGAAAAAACCUGCCGCGGUCCAUCAAUUCCAACUGGAGUUGAGAAAUUGGUUCGAGCUACUCCAAGAUGCGGGCGACAUCGAUGAAUACUGGAUGGCAUUCAAACAAGCAGUCAUAGAAACGGUAAAGGAAACCGUGGGUCGCCAAUGCGGGACACAGAAAGAACGUUGGAUACGGGACCCAACUUGGAGCCUGAUUAACGAAAGGAAAAUUGCAAAAUGCCGAUGCGAACAGGCAAAAGCUGACCCUGACAAGGAAACCACAGCAGAGCGAUAUCGGCAACUGGAUAGGACAGUCAAACGAAGCUGCAAAUCUGACAAGAAGGCAUGGUUGGAAUGCAAAGGAGCCGAAGCACAUGAGGCGGCUAGCAAGAAUGACAAUAAGACGCUGUACCGCAUUGUACGAGAGUUGACUGGGGCAUGGAGCAACUCAAGUGCACCCAUCAAAAACAAGGACGGGGUGUUUCUGCGCACCAGAGAAGAACAAGACGCGUGCUGGUCUUCUGCAGCGUUCUAUUACGGUGCCUACAACAAGCAGUGGAAGAAAUUCUCCAGGAAGAUCAAGCCGGAUUCAGAGUGGGCCGAUCGUGCAAACCUAUAUAUCAGCUCUAGCUGCUGCGUCAGGACAGACGAUGGCUACACAGAUUUCUUCAACAUCGAAACCGGAGUCAAGCAAGGAUGUAUCCUGUCGCCAAUUCUCUUUUUGCUCGCAGUCGACUACGUCAUGAAAAAGGCGAUGAUGAGCCCAGUGACUGGAAUCCCUUGGACAAAUGGAUCUCAUCUCACUGAUCUUGAUUUCGCAGACGACAUUGCCUUGCUAGCGAAUACAAAACCGGCUCUACAAUCCAUGACAACGUGCCUUGAGGGCGAAGCGGAAAAGGUUGGCUUGCGCAUUAACACAGACAAAACCAAGGCCAUGCGGGUGAAUCGUCAAACCAAGGUGCAGAUAACUAUUGCGCAGCAAACGGUGGAGGACAUCGACGAGUUCACAUAUCUCGGCAGCAUAGUAUCCAAUAAUGACGGUGGCUCAGAAGCGGACGUUCGAUGUAGGAUCGGAAAGGUGGCGGGUGUGUUCCAGCGUCUACGCCGCAUCUGGUCCUCAACAAUGAUCAAUACAGGAAUCAAAAUGCGUCCGUACUCCACGAUCGUCAUCCCAACCGCCAUUUAUGCCACCCUCCUCGUCCUCAUCCUCCUCCUCCUCCUGCACUGCAAGGCCUCCCAUGGUGAGGACGUGUUUAGGAUCCGCUCUUUCCCUCCGGACUCUCUACAGGCAGAGAGGCCUCUUCUGACGUAG